CCCAGCCGCUGCCUCACUGCCCUGGCUUUCUUUGCUGCCCCAGCCUUGACGUUGGUUAACGUCGAAGUGUGGGUUAGAUUGGAGCCUCUAAAUUCGUCUGUAGGUUUUCCCUUCCGAUUUGGCUGUCUCUUGUUUGGCAACCUCACUUCCAAAGCUGUAGGGAUUUUUUUUUAUAUAGCAUCAAUUUCUUGAACAUGUCUUGGCAAAGCUACGUGGAAAACCUGAUGGCCGAUGGCAGCUGUCAGGAUAGCGCCAUUGUUGGGUAUACGGACGCCAAAUAUGUUUGGGCAGCACAUGCCGGUGGUACAUUCAACAAUAUCACGUCUCAAGAAAUUGAUGUCCUUAUCGGUAAGGACAGGGAGACCUUUUACACCAGCGGUCUCACUCUGGGUUCAAAGAAGUGUUCAGUCCUCAGAGACAGCCUCCAUGAUGACGGGGACUGGACAAUGGACAUCAGGACAAAGAGCCAAGGAGGAGAACCUACAUACAAUGUCUCUGUGGGAAGAGCCGGAAAAGUUUUGGUUCUUGUAAUGGGCAAAGAAGGGGUCCAUGGAGGCGGAUUGAAUAAGAAGGCUUACUCAAUGGCAAAAUACUUGAGGGAUUCAGGGUUUUAAUGUUUUCAAGCUCACUUAGAUAAAAUUGAGGGACAAAAAGAAGAGAAAAGAAAUAUUGCUGUUAAGAUUUCUCCUGCAAGCAGUCAAAUGUCUUGGAAACUUUUAAUAGCAAUGAAGAGUGGUAAGAUACUGUCACCUUUUGUUCCCUCCCUUCAUCCUGUAGGGGGAAGGGGGGGGGAGCUCUUCAAUUUUGUUCAUUUCUCUUUUUUUCCUUUUGUGCUCCAGUAUUGGUUUUAGUCAUGGGAAAGGAGGCGGUCCAUGGUGGAAAUCUUAACAAGAAAGCACAUGCAAUGGCUGAGUACCUGAGGAGGUCUGGAUAUUAAGCAACCUCUCCACCCAUCCAUCAAGUUAGCAGCUCACUCCCACUCACUGCAUUGUGUUGACACUACUUCCAGGAUUAGAUGGCAUACAAUGUUACUUCCUCCCCAGUUUACUUUUAUACACAGCCUUUUUUUUUUUGCUUUACUCACCCUACACUACUUUUUUUUUUUUUUUUUUUUAAACCUUCCUCACUUUAACAUUGUACUUCUCAUGUUGUUGGCACUACAGUAAUGGCAUGUUCAUUUAAAUGUUUAGUAACCAAAAGCGAACAAAAAAAGCAACAUAAAUUUGGACUUGCCUUGUAUAACUUUCAGUUAACUGGUUAAUAUUCCAAGGGGAAGUACACAUGUAAUGGUGGAGAAAGUUUGCAUAGUUAUGCUUUGUGAGCAUUUAUUAAAAGAUGCCAGUUUUUUGUUUUCAUCAGCAUGUGGGCAUUUAAAAGUUGCAUGCAUACCCUCCUUAGCAUACAGAUCCCAGCCCUAUCCCCUCUGUCCCAGUGUAAUAUUCCAGCCAAAACCAUCUUCUCAUCAGCCUCCAUCUUCAGGCCUCAAUUUAAUAAAUGACAGAUGUGUUUACCAUUUUGCCACCUUCGAGCACAACAUUUUGCCCUCCAUCACAUGCUUUUGCUGUUGUACCUGAAUGUGGUCUUAAAAGUUAAUGAUGUGUGUUGGGCUGUUUGAGUGUAGAGUAAGGUCAGCAUUGCUGAGGUCUGAAGAUAUUGUCAAUCAGCUUCUGCUAUUUGUCAGUUUUUCUGAAAAUCACUACACUCAUUUUAUAUGAAGUUAUUUCCCCCUCCCUUUCCCUUUUGACCAGUUGUCAAUAUAAGAGAAUUAUCAGAAUUACUUCAGCUUAUUCUGAUGGAUGACUGUUGGCAUCACCUGUUGACUGUAAAUCAUUAAGACAACUUCAGAUGUCUGUAAAACAUUAACCGCUUCUUUAGAUUUCAACACUACUUAAACUUUUUAUCACUAAUUGAUUUGUUGCUAACUUCAUGUCCAUUAACCAAUGAAACGGCAAUGUCAUUGUACUACAGUAUGAAUGCAUUUUGACUGUAAACCCAGGCUGUUGGCCUCCAACACCUUGGAAUUAUUUGCCUUGUGCUUUAGUCAUCAAAGGUGUAUUCACAAGUUGUCAUAGUACGGUACUUAGAAGUAUAUUUAAAAGGAAAAAAAAGUGAUGCUGUGUACACUAAACAUAUUGAAAAUGGUGUUGGUUGGAAUAAGAACAUUUGUAAGUUGUCUUGUGAAAAUUUUCUGAGAAUAACUGUGUAUUCUGUGCCAUAAAAUCGAUCUGAUCUGUUGCUACUAUGAGUUGGAUUUUUAACUGCUGCCCCCAGCAAGAAGUAACUUUUAAUGGCACUUUCCUAAGGGAUAUUUUGGCAUCAGUAAUCUCCAGACUUUGUGGAAUAUGUACAGAAUUAAACGACAGAAAAAUAAGUUUGCAUAAGUUUGUCUUUUUUUCCGAGUUGGAAAUUCCUUCUGCCACAAAAUCUAUUUCAAAUGCCAUGAAUUGAUGAGACGUCUUGUUUACAGACAGAUCAAAUAAAAGUUAUUCCAACCAGAGGGAAAGCA